UAUAUAAUCCGCACGUCUCUCCCCCGCCAUGUGUAGCCUACAGAUCAGUGCACAUCUCUACAGUAGUCAUGGUGUCCUGCAUCACAGACUGCAUCGAAAAGCCCAUCCGGCUUUGUUUUGAAAGUGUCGGUAAGUUCGUAGGGCUUCACCCGUGGUGGUUUGUCACUUUACCGCUGGCGUUGUCCGCAGGUCUCGGGGGAGGAUUUUAUUUUUUGAAUGACCUGAAAUCCAACGACAUAGUGGAGCAGUUUACACCGAAAAACGGCCGCGCCAAAGUGGAGAGGCGAUUCUUUCAAGAAACAUUCCCACAGAUUGACUCGCAAUUUUCAAUCAUAAGACUGAACACUGAUGGGGUUUUUGCAUCUUUGAUAUUCACCUGUCAAACAAACAUACUCAGUGUUGCCGCACUAGAGGAGAUCAUCCGCAUAGAUGGAGAAGUUAGAAGAAUCACCGCAGUUCGUGACGCACGGCAGUUUGUGUUUUCGGAUAUUUGCGCAUCUUUGAACGGAAGGUGCAACUCUAACGUAAUGCUUGAUGUUCUUGAUUACAAUGCCAGCAACAUUGAUAUUGGCAACAUAACGUAUCCUGAGUACUGUCCUUCCAAAUUCAACUGUAUCCACUUGGGAAAUAUCAUUAGUGAGGUGGAGGUGGAUCACAAUGGAGUUGUUCGAAGUGCCAAAGCAAUGAAACUUAUCUAUUAUCUCCAAGAGAGCAAUAAUACACUGGAAGAUGCCUGGCUUCAGGGAUUUGUAGCCUUGCUCUCUAAUGUGACAACCUCUAAAACUGAAGUGUCUUAUUUCACAUCCAUAUCAAGACAACAGGAGUUUGAGAAGAGUACCCAAUCUGUCACUGAACUUUUUGCUAUUGCUUAUUUUCUUGCCAUCUCAUUUUCAAUAAUAUCUUGCCUAAGGUUUGACAACGUGAGGAACAAAGCAUGGGUGGCUUCUCUUGGAGUUUUCUCCACUGCACAAGCAGUGCUGUCCGGCUUUGGGUUGCUGUUACUCAUAAAGGUGCCAUUUGUUAUUACUGUGGCAUCUUCUCCGUUCCUUAUUCUUGGAAUCGGUAUUGAUGACAUGUUUAUCAUGAUCUCUAGCUGGCAACGGACCAACAUCCAAGACACAGUGCCAAAACGCAUGGCUGAUACCUACAGGGAGGCAGCCGUUUCCAUUACUAUCACCACCCUGACUGAUGUGCUAGCCUUUUACCUCAGCUACGGUAACCCUUUCGGCUCGGUUCAGUCUUUCUGUCUUUAUGCAGGCACAGCUGUCUUGUUCUGCUACUUCUAUAACAUCACUUUCUUUGGAGCUUGUUUGGCUCUGAAUGGAAGAAGAGAGGGGGCAAACAGACACUGGUUAACUUGCAUGAAGGUCCCAGAAGAAGUCCCACCAGGACGGUCUAAAGUCUAUACUCUCUGUUGCGUUGGAGGAUCUUACGACCGUAACACCGGUACUGAGGAAGAGCACCCAAUGACACUGUUCUUCAGGAAGUAUUAUGGACCAUUUUUGACAACAGUUUGGAGUCAAGCUUUAGUCAUUUUGAUUUACUUAACGUACAUUGCUGUUAGUGUUUAUGGUUGCCUGCAACUUAAGCAAGGCAUUGAUCUCAGGAACCUAGCACUUGAUAAAUCAUACAUCAUCCAGUACUAUGAAGCUGAAAAGACAUACUUUGAUUAUUAUGGUCCGAAUGUAAUGUUAGCGAUCAACGGCACAUUUCCGUAUUGGGAGGAGAGCAAACGCCAUCAACUGGAGUCGUGUUUUGAACAGUUUCAGGAAUUGGAUUUUGUCAAGAACUUGUCGACAUCUUGGCUUCAUUCUUUCGAAAAGUAUGCAGAGGAACACAGUAUAAACAUCAGCUCAGAAGGUCAGUUUAAAAUACAUCUUUAUGAGUUCCUGGACCGCCAACCAAUGCUCAAACAGGAUGUCAACAUAACCAAUAACGACAUAGCUGCUUCACGUCUGUUUCUUCAGACAGUUGUUCAGAAUUCAAACGAGAAGAGCAUACUGAACUCACUACGGAGGACAGCAGAAAGCUGCCCAUGUCCACUGUUGGUCUACCAUCCAGCGUUUAUAUACCAUGAUCAGUAUACAGUAAUAGGGCAUGUCACUCUUCAGACCAUCUCUGUGGCAACCCUAGUAAUGCUGCUCAUCUCCCUUGUGCUGAUUCCAAAUCCUCUUUGUGCCUUGUGGGUUGCUUUUGCCAUCGCUUCAGUCAUUUUGGGAGUCACCGGUUUUAUGGCACUGCUAGACGUAAGUCUUGAUUCAAUCUCCAUGAUAAACCUGGUCAUUAGCAUCGGUUUUUCUGUGGACUUCUCUGCUCAUAUCUCCUACACGUUUGUGUCCAGUACCAAGCCCGAUGUGAAUGAAAGAGUUGUGGAGGCAAUGACACACCUGGGCUACCCCAUACUUCAGGGGGCUCUGUCUACAAUUGUGGGUGUGGUUGUGCUUUCAGCUUCCAGUAGCUACAUAUUCAGAACCUUUUUCACCAUUGUGUUCCUAGUCAUUACUUUUGGGCUGCUUCAUGGCAUUGCUUUUAUUCCAGUAUUUCUAACUUUCUUUGGAUUUUGCCACAAAUGAUGGCAGCAUUGAAUUCGAAUAUCAAACUUCUGCUUUUUCUUCAUCAUAUCCCAUCUCUUCUUUAAUAUACUUGUAAAAUU